AUGAAAACGAAUAACAGUAUGGGACAAAACGAACAAACUAAAUUCGUUUACAGCACUAAAAGUCCAAUCUUUAAAAGAAUGGGAAUUGAAAAUCCAGAGAUACAACAAAUGGCACCAGUAAAUUCGACAGCCAACCAAUCGACAGAAAAUAAAGUGAAACCGGUAGGGUCGCAGUUGCUUUUUCGUAAUCUCAGCUCUGCUGAGAAAUCUCAUCAGGUUAGUACAACUUCAAUCUGUAAGAACUGUUUAACCUCAACAACACCCCUCUGGCGUCGUGAUGAAAAUGGAGCUGUUCUAUGUAAUGCUUGCGGCCUAUUUCUGAAACUUCAUGGUAGAGCUAGGCCCAUCAGUCUAAAGACAGACACCAUUAAAUCAAGAAAUAGAAAAGGAAACCCAGGGCAUGAACAACCUGAUGGUUCAGGUUUACCAAAGGUGGAGUCCAAAAAAGUGACGAAAUCAAGCGAAAAGAAAAGGAAAAAUAGACUUAAUCACACGACCUCUGAUAACUAUAAAAAACUUAAAACUGAAGAUAGAAGCAUACGUGAGAGUAUUUUACCUGCUGAAAAAACUAACUUUGAUCAGAAGGAUAAAAUAGAAAAGAAAAUUACACCAAAACCAAGAUCAACAAUAAAUAACGAUUGCAAUGCUAGCAAACCAGUUAGUUCGACGCAAAACAAAGUUGUAGCACAUUUACCUGGGGUUUCCUCACUACUUAGUGACAUUGAGAAAAACCAAAUAAAUAAUAAUAAUUUAACAGAUAAGCUUAGAUCACCACCUGAUCAUAGAUCACACCAAUUUGUUCCUGUACCAUUAUCAUCAUCUUCGAAAGAUCACCAAUCACUCAACCAAAACAUCACUGAAUCAACAACCCCUAUUGUAUUUACUCCUCAAUUCCGUUCAACAGCUUCUCCACUUAUAGCGUCUAGCCUGAGUGGUUCAUUAUCUUUGAAUACCUUGAAAGAUACCUUCAAGUUAGACUCAUAUUAUGAACCAUCUUUGCAUAAACAUUCUGACCAGAAUUCGGAAGUUACUUCACUCAAUGACCAAUAUAAAAUCUACCCCGUUCGAUCUGGUGAAAGUGGAAAUAUACGAAGUAUUUCUAUCCCAGGAACCAAUGAAUCAUCCGAGAGUGCAAAUAAACUUUCACAGACUAAGGAUAUUGACAAGAUCUUAGUUAAAAGCGAACUAAUAAACUUAGAAAAUGAUCAUGAAAAAUCAGAAGAUUUAUACUCCCUGGAGGAGGAGGAUUCACAACUAAGUGUUGUUUUAAAAAACAAGGAAGAGAUAAUAAGACUCAAAACUAAAAUUAACGAACUCGAAUUAGUAACAGAACUUUACAAGAAACAUAUCCUUGAAUUAGAUAAAAAAUACAGAGAUCUUAAGAAACAAUUAAACCAGUAG